CGGGGCUGCCGCCGCAGUCCCCAGUGCCUCUGUGGCAGCGCGGCGGAGAUUCUCGCUCCUGCUCCUCAGGGCUUGCUGCUGCGAGAGUGAGAAGCAGAUCCGGAGGUGUGCGUGCGUGCGUGCGCCGGGAGAUGAGGAGCUCAUUUGGCUGAGGUAUCUGGCCCCUGGGAAGCUCUGAGAGAAGAGGCGGAGAGAGGCGGUUGGGAAAGAGGCAGGAGCAGAACUGAAGUACAGCACAGCUGUUUCCUAAUACUCUGGUUCUUUGGGUGCCUCAGUGAAUUGUGAACAUGGAUUCUGUCACGGAAAUAAUCUUGAAGCUGCUCUUUCUCUUGUCUGUUCAUCACCAGCGUCUGGCAGUGGCAGGUAAUAAAUAUAAUUGUGAUGAUCAGCUUGUGUCUUCCUUGCCUCAGUCAUCAUUCAGUAGUUCAUCAGAGCUGUCCAGCAGUCACAGCCCAGGAUUUGCAAGGCUUAAUCGAAGAGAGGGUGCUGGUGGCUGGUCUCCACUUGUGUCCAAUAAAUAUCAAUGGCUUCAGAUUGAUCUUGGUGAAAGAACUGAGAUUACAGCUGUUGCUACUCAAGGUGGUUACGGGAGCUCAGACUGGGUAACAAGCUACGUUCUGAUGUUCAGUGACAGUGGACGAAAUUGGAAGCAAUAUCGUCAAGAGGAAAGCAUUUGGGCCUUUUCUGGAAACACAAAUGCAGACAGUGUCGUGUACUAUAAGCUGCAGCAUUCUAUUAAAGCAAGAUUUCUCCGUUUUGUGCCUUUGGACUGGAAUCCAAAUGGCAGGAUUGGAAUGCGCAUUGAAGUGUAUGGAUGCACAUAUAGGUCUGAGGUGGUUGGCUUUGAUGGGAAAAGUUGUCUAAUUUACACAUUAAAUAAAAAACUCAUUAAUGCACUGAAAGAUGUGAUUUCUCUGAAGUUUAAGACAAUGCAAAGUGAUGGAAUUCUCCUCCACAGAGAAGGACAAAAUGGAGACCAUUUCACCAUGGAAUUAACUAAAGGGAAGCUGUCCCUACUCAUUAAUUUAGGUGAUACUAAAACUCAUCCUUCUAAUGCCCAAAUUAAUAUUACGCUGGGCAGCCUUUUGGAUGAUCAACACUGGCAUUCUGUUCUCAUUGAGCAUUUUAACAAUCAAGUAAACUUUACAGUGGAUAAACACACUCAUCAUUUUCAUGCAAAAGGAGAAUUCAGUUAUUUGGACCUUGAUUAUGAGCUCAGCUUUGGAGGGAUCCCAGUGUCUGGAAAAUCAGGGAUAUUAUCACAGAGGAACUUCCAUGGGUGUUUUGAAAAUAUUUAUUAUAAUGGAGUGAAUAUUAUUGACCUGGCCAGGAAGCAUAAAUCUCAGAUCUACAUUGUGGGCAAUAUAUCCUUCUCGUGUUUAGAGCCACAGGUGGUUCCUGUUACAUUUCUGAGCUCCAGCAGUUUCCUGGCACUGCCAGGCACACCAGGGCAAGAUGAAGUAUUUGUCAGUUUUCAGUUUCGCACUUGGAACAAGGAAGGACUUCUAUUAUCCAGUAAACUGCACCAGUCUUCAGGUGGUUUCCUCUUAUAUCUGAGUGAUGGAAGAGUCAAAAUCAAUCUUCAUAAAAUGGGAAGAGUACUGAGUGACAUCGCUGCAGGUGCUGGAUUAAAUAAUGGCCAGUGGCAUUCUGUGUCUCUCUCUAUCAAAAGGAAUCGUAUCAGUGUAAGGGUGGACAAUGACAUAACCUCAUCUGCUCAUGCUGUCAUACCUCUUCAGAUUUAUUCAGACGUUUUCUACUUUGGAGGUUGUCCUAGCCGUGGAAAUAUUUCUGAAUGUAAUACAUCAUUUGGUGGUUUUCAAGGAUGCAUGCGACUUAUUUCCAUUGGUGACAAAGCAAUGGAUAUGAUCUCUAUUCAGCAAAAUGGUUUGGGCAAUUUCAAUGAUCUGCAGAUAGAUUUAUGUGGCAUUACAGACAGGUGUUUGCCUAAUUACUGUGAACAUGGUGGUGGAUGCUCACAGUCCUGGAACAGUUUCCACUGUAACUGUGCCAAUACUGGUUACAAGGGAGCUACUUGUCACUAUCCCAUCUAUGAGCAAUCGUGUGAGGCCUAUAAGCACAGAGGGAACACUUCAGGCUUUUACAAUAUUGAUUCAGAUGGAAGUGGCCCCUUGGGACCAUUUCUUGUGUACUGCAAUAUGACAGAUGCAACGUGGACAAUUAUACAGCAUAACAGCACCAACCUAACCAGAGUUAAAAGUGCUAAUCGGGAGAACCCACACACUGUGUUUUUCAAGUAUUCUGCCAGCCUAGACCAGCUUCAGGCUACAAUAAACCUUGCAGAUCACUGUGAACAGGAGCUUGCUUACUACUGCAAAAAGUCAAGGCUUUUAGAUAAGUCGUAUGGGAUGCCACUCAGCUGGUGGAUUGGAAGAACCAAUGAAACUCAUACAUACUGGGGAGGUUCCUUGCCUGCUGUACAAAAAUGUGCUUGUGGACUGGAGGGCAACUGCAUUGAUUCCCAGCACUACUGCAACUGUGAUGCAGACAGGGAUGAAUGGACUAAUGAUACUGGCUUCCUCUCCUACAAGGACCAUCUACCAGUAACUAAAAUUGUGAUCACAGAUACUGACAGACCAAACUCGGAAGCCGCUUACAAACUGGGGCCUUUGCUUUGCCAUGGUGAUAGAACAUUUUGGAAUUCAGCUUCCUUCAACACAGAGACAUCCUACCUGCAUUUCCCCACCUUCCACGGAGAACUCAGUGCAGAUGUCUCAUUUUUCUUUAAAACUACUGCUUCCUCAGGAGUUUUUUUAGAGAACCUGGGAAUUCAAGACUUCAUAAGGAUAGAGUUACAGUCUCCAUCUGAAGUGGUUUUUUCAUUUGACGUGGGAAAUGGACCUAGUGAAGUCAUAGUGCAAUCACACCAUUCCUUAAAUGACAACCAAUGGCAUUAUGUGAAGGCUGAACGAAAUGUCAAAGAGGCUUCCUUACAAAUAGAUCAACUUCCUCAAAGAUCUUACAGUGCUCCAUCUGAUGGACAUAUUCGCUUGCAGCUCAACAGCCAGCUUUUUGUAGGUGGAACAGCAUCCAGGCAGAAGGGAUUUUUGGGAUGUAUUCGUUCAUUACGGUUGAAUGGAAUGGCCCUUGAUCUGGAAGAGAGAGCAAAGAUAACACCAGGAGUUGAACCAGGCUGUCCUGGACAUUGUAGCAGCUAUGGUAACCUGUGUCACAAUGGUGGAAAAUGUAGGGAGAAAUACAAUGGAUUCUCCUGUGACUGCUCUUUCUCAGCUUAUGCUGGUCCAUUCUGUAAGAAAGAGAUCUCUGCCUAUUUUUGGACUGGCUCUUCCGUGACAUACAACUUUCAGGAAUACUACACAUUAGCUAAAAAUUCCAGUUCUCAUGCUUCUUCUUUCUAUGCUGACAUGACACUGACCAGGGAAGCAAUUACAUUUGCCUUUCGAACAACGCAGACACCAAGCUUACUGCUCUAUGUCAGCUCCUUCUACAAGGAGUACCUCUCCGUCAUUCUCACCAGGAAUGGAAGUUUACAGGUUAGGUACAAGCUAGAUAGCCAUCAAGAUCCUGAUGUCUUCAGCAUCAGUUUCAAAAGCAUGGCUGAUGGACAACUGCAACACGUGAAGAUUAACAGAGAGGAGGAAACGCUCUUUGUAGAGGUUAACCAGAAGGAAAGAAUGAAGUUUAGUCUGUCUUCAGGCACAGAAUUCAAUGCAAUCAAGUCUCUCACACUUGGCAAGAUUUUAGAAAACAGCGAUGUAGAUGAGGAGACUAUGAAGGCAAACUCCCAGGGGUUUGUUGGCUGUCUAUCUUCGGUGCAGUUCAACCACAUUGCUCCUUUGAAGGCUGCUCUGCACCAAAGCAGCUCAGCCCCUGUCAUUGUAAAAGGGCGUUUCACUGAAUCCAGCUGUGGAACUUUAACUGGAGCCGACUCAACAUCAAGUGAAACAACCCAUUCAUUUGCAGAUCACUCUGGACCAAUAGAUGAGGGAAAGCCCUUAGCUAAUGCAAUCAGAAGUGACUCUGCAAUUAUUGGAGGUGUGAUAGCAGUUGUCAUAUUCAUCCUACUUUGCAUCAUGGCCAUAGCCAUAAGCAUUUAUAAAAAAAAAGGCAUAUACUCAAAAAGUGAGGCGAAAGAAUCUGAAAACGAAGACAGUGCUGAAUCUGCAUUGAAAAGUGAGCUCAGCAUGCAAAAUACAGGCAAUGAAAAUCAAAAGGAAUACUUCUUCUGAUUGUCAUUAAUGAUUUAAUCUAUUAUAAUAAUGUGACAGUCUGACUUUCUUGCUAAGCCAGGGGCUCUCAGUGGACAGAAAAGGUUCUUGCACACUACUCUAAAUGCAAUGGAUUUGAGACUUACUAUACUUGAUAUGUUCAGUCUCAGUGAUUGCUGUAGCAGGCCUCUUUAAAUUACAUGCAUUUCUUAGCUAUUAUACCACAAAUGCAUUUUAUGUAACAGUGAAUUAGAUAUUGUAACCAAUUUCAUUGUUGGUAGUUUCCAACUGUUCUAAUGUGACCUUCUACAAAUGAUGUUAAAUGUACACACUGAAUGUGAUUUUUGAAUGGGAAAAUUGUAAUGAAUUUAUUCCUACCCUUUUCUUUAAAUUUUGAUUAUUUUUGUUCAAGGUGAAAGGUAGAUUCUAAUACUUUGUGUUACUAAAGAAAUUCUGCUGUGCUGCAUUAUGGUGAUCCGUCUUACUUCCUCAAACUGAAAAUGCUUUUUGAGCUGCUGCUGGCUUUUGUCAGCAUCUGCUUGUGAGCCAUGGCAUUUGAUGUCCAGAACAAAUUGUAUUUAUUUCCCCUGGGAUGUGACUGAUAUCUUCAUUAUCCCUUCCUUUUGGUGGGCUUAUCAGAACUGAAGAGUGUACAGUGGGUUGAAAUAUUUCAAAUUCUCUUUGCAGUAGAUUUUCACUUAUGGUCAGGUGAUGGCACCAAGAGACUCAUGCACAUUCUGGGCAUUUUGAAUAAAACUGGAGGAAAAAAGGCAAGACCUUUGUUUGGAAAAAUCAAGUAAAAGACUAACAAUAGUUAAAUUAUCAAGAGUGAAAACACUGAAAGAUGAUCAAGGUUACUGUCCCUGGAAAUUAGUGAUGAUACUUCUGUAAAGAAGUAAUGCUCAGUACACUAUCUGGGAUGUAUUCUCUGUAAAUGUUGUAUCUAUGAUUUUCUCCAGAACUCCAGACUAAUUUUUUUUUCUAAAUUAUAGAAAUUAUACAGUGCAUGAACAUGAACUACAUGAAGAAUACUACAUGAACACUUUUGUUCUGCACUCUUAAUAGUAUCUACUAUACCUUUGUGAGAUAAGGUCUGAUUACACCACUCAAAAUUAAACAGGUUCUUAAUAUGCUGACAGAGUAAAUGAAAGCUAUCUAUGUUGUAUGAACAAAUAGUUAGAUAUUAAGGCUAGGUUUAAAUUUUGUGAAAAGAAGAUUGUAAGGUCACCUUAGACCCCGUAGGGUAUCUGAAAUACCCAUGUGGCCUGAUGUGAAUGUUAUAGAUUCUAUGGAAGGUAUAUGUCUCUUUUGGAAGAGACAUACAGGUAUUGGGUAGAAGGCAUCAUAAAUGGCAUUAUAUGACUGCAUUUAGGCAAUUGACCCACACAAAGCAUUUUUCGGUUUCCCCCAGUUAGAUGAUUGGGUGUCUAGAGCUUGGAUCUGAGAAAACAAACAGGAUUUCUAUGACCUUGCAGACUUGAGUUUGAAAUUUAAAUAUCUUCCAGAACUGAUUUAUAUCUACUUCCAUUGAAAGCAAUGAGAACAGUCAUUGUUUUUCUAUUCGAAGAAUCAAAGCUAGACCCUAGAUUGUGAAGUUUAAGAAAUGUUUAUCAUAGGUACCCAACAACAUUAUAAAGACAUGGAAA